CGGGCGGCGGCGCGGCGCAGAGCGGGGCCCGAGGCCGGCGGUGCGCGCUGCUCUGCCGCCUCCCGCCGCGCUCAGCAUGAAGGUCCAGUUCGCCCCCAUCAACGUCCCCCUCCGGAGGAGGAUCCAGACCGUGGCGGUGCUUCAGUGGAUCUUCUCCUUCCUGCUGCUCGCGGAGUUUUGCUGUGGGAUCUUCGUAAUCUUGAUUCUGGGCAACUUCUGGUUUGUCGGCAUCUUGUACUUGCUGUGGCUCUACCUCGACUGGGAAACGCCGUGCGCUGGAGGGAGACGGUCCCAGUGGGUCAGAAGUUGGACUAUUUGGAAAUACUUUAGGGAAUACUUUCCCAUUAAGCUUAUAAAAACUUCAGAUUUGGAUCCAAAUCACAACUACUUGCUUGGCUUUCACCCUCAUGGGGUGCUGGUAGCUGGAGCCUUUGGAAACUUUUGCACCGGGCCAGGUUUCAAGACGCUCUUUCCUGGCAUUACUCCAUACCUUCAUAUCACACCCAUCUGGUUUGGCUGUCCCUUCUUCAGAGAGUAUGUAAUGAGUGCUGGAAUGGUUUCCGCAUCCAAGGAGAGUGUCUCGUACGUGCUGAACAACGACGGCGGUGGCCACGCGUCCAUCAUUGUGAUCGGAGGAGCCGAGGAGUCUCUGAACGCACGUCCUGGAAGUUUAACGUUGAACAUCCUCAAGAGGAAAGGUUUUAUUAAAAUGGCCUUGAAACAUGGGGCUCAUCUGGUCCCAGUGUUUUCCUUUGGCGAAAAUGAACUAUUCAAGCAAGUUGCAAACCCCAGGGGUUCACGGCUCAGAAAUAUACAGGAGAGGCUGCAAAAGAUAAUGGGCUUUGCUCUGCCACUGUUUCAUGCCAGAGGAGUAUUUCAAUACAGUUUUGGCUUAAUACCUUACAGGCAACCUAUUCAUACUGUUGUGGGAAGCCCCAUCCCUGUGAAACAGAAUUUGAAUCCUACCACUGAAGAGAUUGAACAGCUACAUGAGCUAUAUCUACAGAAAUUAAGUAAAUUAUUUGAAGAGCACAAAAGAAAUUAUGGGAUCCCUGAGCAUAGAUCUCUUGUCUUUGAGUAGUGAAUUACAAUUUGUGAUUACAUGGAUCAGUUUGGAAAAAAAAUAUUGGAUGCCGAAAGAGGUCUUUCUUGCAAUCUGUGUUUUGCAACCUGUAAUUGUUCUUGUGUAAGGAAUAAUUUUAAGAAGGGAUUGUUUGAUUUUUAUCUUAUGGAAAAAAAUCCUUAGGGUGUGAUCCUGGAAGCCACUGCUGUUUUGAGUUGUCCUUUUAGAUUCACCUGUACUAAAAAUGCUAGUGAGAGACUCGGCACAGAUGUUCUUACCACCAUGGAUGUAACCAUAUCUUGAGCAGAGGAAAUCGCCCUAGCAUGAGAUCAGGAGCAGGAAAAGUAUAUGUCCCUGAAGUAUCUAGUUAGAAGUUAAGAGACUUACUAGCACGUAUCAAACAUUACAUCAAGUUGUUCUUUGAAUAUCAAAAAGCUCUAAUGCUCUUCCAUAGAGAUGAAGUCUGUUUUCAGUAGAAGGCUGAAACAUUAUGAACCAUUUACACAGGAUUUCAGGAAUACUAUGAGCUUCCUGCCCUAAUUAAGCUAUCAGCAAAAUUGGUUUCUUUGACUUAUGGAGCAGACUAAGCUCUGCUGGAGGAAGAACAAUGUUGUUUUACAUGCGUGCAGUUGCUGGGUGGUGGGAAACACUGAAUAAUGUGACUUUUUUCUUCUUUUGGACAAGCUGUACUUUAGAGCAUCAGUUUGUAAGAUGAUGCAGCUUGGUUUGGUAGUUUUAGUCUCGCAGGAAAUGGCAGGCACAGUACAGGAGGUGUUUACCAGUGAAACUGGUGGGUGAGUCAUGUGAAUUUUGCAUGUUAUGCAUAUUCAAAAUUCCUCUUAUGCUAAGCUAACAUUCCUUCCACAGAAGGAAAUGAAGCCCACUUUGUUCAGUCUAGUCCUGAAACUUCAUCAAGGAAAGUGUACUUGUAAUGCCUUUUUCUCCUCCUCCACCCCCCGUACGUGUGGAUGCCAUCUCUCCUAAGACCAAAGGAUGGGGAAGCAGACUGUGAAGUUUCAUUCUUUUUUCCUACUAGUCUGAUGAACCAAAUUGUACUCUGCAGUUUCCUUAUCUGGAAAGUAUGGGGAAAGCUGUGCAUCAGUGUGGCACAGCUGUAACUGCCAAGGCAAUGUGAGCACAGUGCUAAAGUGUAAGCACUAGAAUUUGAGAGAAGGUUUUUCUUAAGUAUGGGUAUCUAUUAGAAAAAAAAUAGAAAUCUUGGCAAAACUUUUCCAGUUAAAAUCCCUAGGCCUCCAAGAUGAUGAUGUGUGAAGAGAAUUAUAGUAUACUAUUAUAUUUUUAUAUAUGAGAAAUUACUAUAUUUGUAAAUGCUUUCUAUCUGCACAUGGACUCUGCAGAUCUGGAUUUAUUGAAAAGUGUGUGUUUUGGUUUAAGCAGGUUUGAUGCCUGUAUCAGGUGCAUGUCGUGCAGGUGCUCUGAUAGGACAUGCAUAGGCUUGUUGGGCAGCCUGGGGCAUUUGCAGCUGUGCCAGUUCAGCAGCGACACACUCUGGAACUAGCCACUAGUUGGCCCCACAAAGGCACUGGACACGUGUGCUCGCUGGGCUGGAGCCUUCCCAAAAGAAACGUGAUAGUGGUUUGGGGAAGCGUUAGAACUCUAGGGAGAAAAGAUUUUUAACAAGAUGAAGGUCUUCAAAAAAUAAAAUAAAAGCAAGGAAAAGAAAGGGGGGAGUGUGUGUUGGAAAUAACUCCCGAGGAGUGGACUCUCCAUGAACAAAGCCCCAGUGUUGAAUAAAUAUUUGCCAGACAAGGCUCAUGGAUGUUGGUCUAACCUGUUCCAAAAAUCCUCCAGCAACAGUAUGGUUUGCUUAGGAGGGCUGUGCCUUCUGGUGUGCAUCUGUCAUUCAGAGAUGACCAGUGCUGAGCCAGUGAAUCCUGCCCUCACUUUUUCUAGGGCUAUAGCUGUCCUUUUAGGAGCUGGGAUGAGAGCUGGAGUUCUUGAUGCCUGGAGAAGUAGCUCUCCUUUCUCUGACAGACUGCUGUCAGCAUACCCACAGCUCAUCUCUUCUGUACUUCAGCUCUCUUGGUGCCAAAUGUGCUUCCCCUUACUUUCCCAAUGUUUUUGCUGCCUAAUGAUGGCUGUGUGUGAUGACCAUGAGCGCAUACAAAAUUUUCAAGGGCUUCCUAUCACUGAUCAGAAAGAGAGAUUUUAGGAUCAGGGCUUGAAAAGAGGAAGGGCUGUCAGCAUUAAUGUUUGGCAUGAGCUUAAGGUCCAGGACUAUUUCAGCUGUUCAGAUAGCAAAUAUUUAGGGAGUCAGAUAUCCCAGGUUUGAUACCUGCAAGAGGCCUUUAGGAUGCUGAAGGCUCUAAGUGAUGAGCCCUGAGUAGUCACUGACCCAAUUUUGUUUAUCCAGCUGUGUUUGAACUUGUUUUUUGCUGCUUGCCCUGAUGAGUAAUGCUCAUGCAGUCAUGAAAGACAGACUUGGAGUCUGUGUCAGACUGCUCUCUCCUAGAUCACCUGAUCUAAUAAGAUGCUUCCUCCGGUAUACAGUCUGUUUUAAUCCUAUUACUUUAAUGAUACAGAAGCUCAGGAUGUAAAUUUUAAAGCCAUAGUGUAGAGUUGAGGAUUGGAACUGCUUGGAUUGUUGUUGAUUAAAUCAGCCUCAAAUUCUAGGGAACACGAGGAUACUGAUUUGGGGGAUGGAGGGGGAAAUAUAUGAUCCAGAAUGUACCCUAUGUAUAGACUCACCUCUGAAUUCCAUGAGAAAAGUGUUUGUGGGUGCUAAAUAGUAUUCAUAACUGGUAUGGUUAAAACAAGUAGGAAUUGUGUUACUCUGGCUACUAAUACUGUCAUUGAUUUAUAACACAGAAAGAUGGAGAAAAGAAAAAGUCUCCACCUAACCUAAAUAUGUAUUAGUGCCCUGCAUAUACAGUUGCUCUGUAACUGCUGCAUUUUGCCUAUGCUGGUCCUGCCAGCUUACAUUCUGUUAACAAAUGCAGCUAGGACAGGACUAUGUUUAAACAGACUGUCAGAAUCUAAAACUGAUACGCAGAUUUCCUCUAAAAUAUUUACCUUUGUGAUAAGGUAAAACAGCCCUGCAAGACUGAGCUAAAGACCAUGGACAACUCAGAGCCCUGGAAGCUCUGUUGCAGGUAGCGCCAGCGCUGAUCUGACCAUUGCUGCAGCAGUGAGGAGGCUUGCUGUGUGCUGCCAAGAGUAUCAAAUCAAGCUUCCGUGGCAGUGCAGGCUUGACAAAGCAAGAGGAGGUCAGUAUAGGAACAGUGACCCUCCCCCAUGUUCUCCCCUCCCCACGCCCAGAAUCUACACUCAGAAGAAUCAUAUUCCUGGUGGGAUGCCUGUGCCUAUGCAGACCUGUGGUGUGCCUCUCAGAGGGUGUCUGUGGCCACAGUUAUGGAUUAGGUGCAUGACCUAGGCAGAUAGCUUACCUUUUUUCUCCCUAAGGAUAGACUACAGAGGUGAAACUUGUACCUGUGCCCUAUCACCUUCUAGAGAAAAGGAUUAGCAGUUUGUAUGUGCUCACAUUGCACAGGGGUUUCACCACUUUGCUGACUUCACUCUGCAGAAGUAACUCCAGGGAAGCAAGGCAUCUAGCAAAAGGAUAGAUGCUCUGCCUCUACACCAUGCAAAUACUGCCUCUCCAGUGUACUGAAGCUGUUCAUGCCUGCCUGUUCCCUUGCGGAUAAAUAUCUCUUCACUAAAAUAUGUCUACAAAAACUCCUUACACACAGAAUCAGUCCUCGAGAACUUUUAUCUCUUGAACUACAAAGCUUAUUUUACACUCUUUGAUACCUUUGUGACUUUUCAUGGUACCUGUAAAAUAACAAUUUUAGUUGUUACAAUGAUAGCUGUAGCUAGGAGAUGUGAGACAAUAAAGGUUUGCACCAAAGUG